AUGACAGCCUGUACCGGGCAGAGCCUCACACAUGGGGAUGACAGGAGCUCACUUUUUCGUGAGGAAUUUCUUCAUUGGGCACGACACACAAAACUGGCGAAGGUUUUUGGGAAACAUACCUACAAGUUUGACCUUGGAGAAGGAGAGCUGGUGGUCUACCACGAAUCUUGCGAGAGAGUCUGCAAACGACCAGCAUCAGGGCUAGCAGUUUGCACCCCUUGCUCAGAUGUGAAGUUGGCCCAGUCAGCUCUCAAAUCAGCCAUUCGAUUUUGCCUCAAAUACUGGGCUGCAAAAAUUCUAGAGGCUCGGUUGUUGUGCAGCGAUGCUCAUAUACAGGUGCUGUUGGAAGACUUUAGGAAGACCGCCCUGUACAAGACUCAGAAAGACAAAGCCGAGGAGUUGGUGACCAUGUCGGAGAGAGACUUGCAGGCUUGGGUACGUAGGUCCUGGACCAAAGUGCGCCGUUGCGAUUGCUCAGAACCGCAGCUUCUCUUUCUGGACAGUGUGGUGAGGCCCUUGCUUACAAUCAGCGUGGAUGAUUGCAAGAAAGAUACAAGGCAGCUAGCCAACCAAUAUGCCAUGCAAUUGGCAUCUGGAAACCUGUCAGAGCUGGGUCAGGUGACAUGCAGGAUCAUGAAGGAUGCCAGCUCCGGACGGCUGGCCAGUUGUCCUGCAGCUCUGGGGAUUGUGCUGCAGUGUUUGGAAAUGGUCGACAGGCAGGAACGUGGUGUGCAGUCAAUGAAGAGACCCCGGGCCAUGACCGAUAGCGAGGCUGCCAUGGUACAGGAAGCUGGAGUGUUACUUGCUUCCAAUGGUUGCUCACAGGAUCUGAUGAGGCGUUUUGGCUUCAAUAAAAAGAACAUUUUGAGAACUCAUUGUCGCCUGGAGAACUUGUUGGAGGCCAACCUACCUUGCCCUGGCCUCUCCCUGGUGUUCCCAGAUGUGUUGAUGCAGAACCUUUGCAUCAUAGACAGCACAAUAGCUCGACGCGAAGGAUGCCACAAGAAGAGGAUGGUCCUUUGCUUUGACUCAACCUAUUUGCUUCCAAUGCAACAGGCCCUACAUCUUCAUGGGGAAAAAGCAUUGAUCGGGUCGCCUUUUCACAUGGGUGACAUGACGAAUCCAGACAAGACCUGCUUCCAGAAGAUUGUACCAGGCGAGAAAGUCAAGGAACAGACCAAAGCCAAUCGAAUGAUGGAAUUCUUGAUGUGGGAUCCAAGCAGUCCAAACCAUCAAUCCUCGAGUUUGUGCUGCCUUCCAUUGUCUCUGAAGUGGUUGAACUCUCCAGAUACAACAAGUUCAUGGGAAUUGCUACGUAUCGUGGACGAGGUCAUGUUCCAAGCUGCUGACUUUGUGCAGAUGUUCAUCUUUGAUGGCGAGACAUGUCACCAGAUCAUUAGAAGUGCAGUUCAUGGUGACGCCAAUCUUGCAAUCAAGCGGCAGCUGAUGGAGACAAAGUUCUUUUCCAAAAUCAGAUAUCGCCCCAUAGAAGGGCUAGAGUCUUUGCCAAGAAUUCCAUUGAAGAUCGCCUUUGUUGAUGGACACCCGCUUUGGGCUUUGCCGGGGCCUGCCCAUGCCCUAAAGAAUGCGGCGGCGCAAUUAUGCGCGGAGGGUAAGGUCUUGCAGUUCGGGUUGUACUUUGCAGACGCCUCUGGUGCCCUCUCAGGAGGGUUGCUUCGGACGUGUGCAAAGUACGCUUUGGCUUCUGCCCUGCACUUGGUCUCAGAAUGCAGCGGGAUCAGCAAGAAUGUUCUGACGCAGAUGUACCAGAAUGAAUGCGUCAAUGAUUUCUUUGAGGACGAGGACGAGGAAUGCCCAGACGAAUCCUUGGAGGAAGCCAUGCAACAGGAAGCGCAGGCCAUUUGUGAUGCAGCUUCUGAGCAAGAUAUGGAGAAAGUCUUGGGCCACAUUAGCGAAGUGGCCGCAGAGGAGUUCACUAGCGAAGAUCGAUUUGAGGAAGCAGAUCCUGCUGAAUGCAAAGAUUUGGACGAGAUGCUUCCAGACGGUGUGCAACUUUUGGAUCUCACUCAUGAAUCCAAAGACUCCUCAGAAGCAAAAGAAAUCUCUGGGAAAGCUGAUUUCCCAAAGACUUUGAGAGAAGCUGUGGCAAGUCCCAACAUGUGGGCAGGGCUAUGGCAAUUAGCAGUCCAGCUUCGAUGUGGUGAGAAUGGGAUGGACGCAAAGUUCCUGAAAGCUGCUGAAGUGGUUAGGAAAAGAUCAAGGAAGUUGAACUGGCAUCAGUCUUUGGAGAUGGACCUGAAAGAGAUUCGGAUGCAGGAGGAUGGCAUGCUGGCGGGCCAGCGGGGGUCCAGGAUGUCAAAGUGGAUCCAAUCGUCAGCAGAGCUCAGGAAGAAAGCGGGCUUGGACGCACCAGAUCAAUUUCAGAUGGGUCAAGUUGUUCUGCUGAACAUGGGCAUGAAAUCAGAGCCGGCGGCGGGCGUGGUUCUGACAUUGUUUCCUGUCGGGAAAAAGCCCAAACCAUGUGCUCAAAGAAUUCCCUUGACGCAUGUCAAGUCAUUCAGAGCGACGAUCCUGGAGGAACGGGAGUUUGGCGACGAUGUCAUGCUGGUGCCCUCCACGAACACCUGGAGGUACUCACAAGAACAUGUGCUAGCGAUACUUGAUGUGAAAGAUGAGACGGAUUUGGCUCAGGGCAAGAUCUUUCUUACCCCUGAGUCUUGGCAAGUGCUUGAGCGUCUGAGGCUGUCCCAGAGCUACCUGACCAGACGAACAAGAAGCGAAAGCCGAAAUCCAUGA